AUGGACCAGCUCAUCCACACUCUUUUACUCAUCACGAGCUUCUGCCCCACCCUCCUAACUGGCAUUUCAGACGAACUCAAAGACGUCGAUCACGAGAACGAGGCAGACAAAAUAGCCAAACUGAAACUUAACAUUCCAAAGUACUCUGAAUGGAUUUACGGUGAGGAUCAAGCAGAUUACAAGAGGGGUGAAGAUACUAUAACGUACGAAUUUACACAGGAGGAGAUAGAGGAAAAGAAGAAAUAUUCAUUUGUGUGGACCACCACUCUGGAGCAGGUUGAUGUGCCCAAGACGACAUUAUCCACCCCUUACUGGAACAUGUCUUGCGAAGUGGCUGCUGGUCAAGCAUACGAGGGUGGCGCCUCGUUCACUCUGAGCGAGAAGAAACCUUGGAUUAAAAUAGAUGGUGCCAAAUCGUGGGCUGGUGUUUCAUGCAGUGAAGCCAAAUGUCUGGCUGAGGCAUGUAAGGAUGAGGAUACCCCUAUGAUUGAUACUUUCCUACCUUGA